UGUAAUUCUUUUCACAUUGAUACAUUCACCAACCCCCGCUCUGAUCUUCCUGUGGGUCUGGCCUGUGCUGGAAUCCCAGGGGAAGGGGUAGAUUUAGAGGUCUGGGCUGGGGUCCAAUCUGGAAGGCUCCUCACAACUGACCUUUGAAGUUUAGAAAACAGCCUCUAGCGGGAAGAGGGAGGGAGAGGGGCGCGGUUGGUGGAAGCAUUGUGGUUGUCUUGGACUGUGGAGAGGCAGGCGGGGCGGGGUUGAGGGACCAGUAGCUGCGGAGGGCCUGUCACUCCCUGUGGGGGCACGUAUCUGGCCCCGGGAGGCACAGUUGAGUGAGGCCACACAGGCGACCCCAGAGCCCCGUCUUGCAGUCUUUCCAUUCUAGUGAGCGCGAAGGUCAGCGUUGCCUGCGAGAAGGGCUUGGUUCCUCGGGUCGACGGGGUCCGGGAUCGGAGUUCUAUUUCGCUCAGGAUGGAAUUAAUCCAGGCAAGUUGGGCCGAGUUAGGAACAGGUUUAGAAUUAGGGUUAGGGUCACAGUAGGGUCAGGGGUCGGCAGUAAGGUCAAGGGCGCCCAGUGAGGGCGGGGAAAGCCUGGCCAGUCUGAUCCAGACCCCUCCCUUCGUCCUGCUUCUUCCUUAUCCGCGCCCCCACCCCUGGCGCCCCAGCAUCCUUUCGCGUCUGAGUCCCAGGCCCAUGAACUCCCGGGGCGGGGCCACGCCCAAGUGCCCGCCCAUCGCCGCCUCCAGGGUGACGCCCUCUAUGCAAAUAAGCCCGUCACGCCCAAUCAGCUCCCGGGGGCAGGGCCGCCCGCUCCCAAGGCACCUGCGGCCGCGGGCCCCUGAUCUUCGUGCAGCCGCCGCGGGUCCGUGCGCCCAGCGUCCCAGGGCUCAGGCCGAGCAGACAGAGAUCACUCCACUCAGCCUGGGACGAUGGGGAGGAAAAAAAUCCAGAUCUCCCGCAUCCUGGACCAAAGGAAUCGGCAGGUAACGUUCACCAAGCGGAAGUUCGGGCUGAUGAAGAAAGCCUAUGAGCUGAGCGUGCUCUGCGACUGUGAGAUAGCCCUCAUCAUCUUCAACAGCGCCAACCGCCUCUUCCAGUACGCCAGCACGGACAUGGACCGCGUGCUGCUGAAGUAUACGGAGUACAGCGAGCCCCACGAGAGCCGCACCAACACUGAUAUCCUCGAGACGCUGAAGCGGAGGGGCAUUGGCCUUGAUGGGCCAGAACUGGAGCCAGAUGAAGGGCCUGAGGAGCCAGGAGAGAAGUUUCGGAGGCUGGCAGGCGAAGGGGGUGAUCCAGCCUUGCCCCGACCCCGGCUGUAUCCUGCAGCUCCUGCUAUGCCCAGCCCAGACAUGGUGUACGGGGCCCUGCCGCCACCAGGCUGUGACCCCAGUGGGCUUGGGGAGGCACUGCCCGCCCAGAGCCGCCCAUCUCCCUUCCGACCAGCAGCCCCCAAAGCCGGGCCCCCAGGCCUGGUGCACCCUCUCUUCUCACCAAGCCACCUCACGAGCAAGACACCACCCCCACUGUACCUGCCGACAGAAGGGCGGAGGCCAGACCUACCUGGUGGCCUGGCUGGGCCCCGAGGGGCACUAAACACCUCCAGAAGCCUCUACAGUGGCCUGCAGAGCCCCUGCUCCACUGCAACCCCUGGACCCCCGCUGGGGACCUUCCCCUUCCUCCCGGCAGGCCCCGCAGAAUAUGGCCUGGGAGACCCUCCACCGCCCCCUGGCUUGUUGCAGCCCCCCACACUGGCCCCCUGGCAGCCCUCGAGGGGUGAUGGGCCCCCCGCCGUGCCCUCCCAGCCCAGUGGAGGCCGAAGCCUGGGCGAGGAGGGCCCCCCAACCCGCGGCGCCUCCCCGCCGACCCCCCCAGUCAGCAUCAAGUCCGAGCGCCUCUCUCCGGCCCCCGGGGGCCCCGGCGACUUUCCUAAGACCUUCCCCUACCCCUUGCUCCUCGCCCGGUCCCUGGCAGAGCCUCUGCGGCCCGGGCCCGCCCUGCGCCGGCUGCCCUUGGCCGACGGCUGGCCCCGGUAGGAGACCCCUGGUGGCACAGGCCCAGGGCUCUCGCCGGGCACGACGAGGGCACGUGGGGACCCCACCUCCCUCCAGGCCUCUUCAGAGAAGACUCGACAGUGACGGCCCCCUCCUUGGUGGGGGCUUGGAUUCAAUCCACGCUGGGGGCACUCCUUUCCUUCUUCCUCUUUGUGUGUAUACCUAAAAAUAAAACGCGCGUGGCGUCCGUGGACCAGA